CCGCCCCCGCCGGCCGCCUGGAAAGAGAGGGCGAGCAUUGACACCGAGAUCAAGCGCUUCAUUGCCAAAAAAGCCGAUCUCCUUUUUGCUCACUCGUGGAAACCCAACGGGCCUCUCUCCGACACGAUUGAAGAAAAUGAGGAGUAUUAUGCUGUUAUGCCUCCCCUGGAACGGUUCAUGGAGGUUCCCAGGGAAGACAGGAGAGAAUUAUUUUUUCGAGACAUCGAACGUGGUGAUAUCGUGAUUGGGAGGAUUACUUCUAUUCGUGAAUUUGGCUUUUUCAUGGUGUUGAUUUGUCUGGGAAGUGGUUUCAUACGGGAGAUUUCGGAUUUAGAAAUCACUGCUCUUUGUCCUUUGAGAGAUGUGCCUUCUCAAAGCAACCAUGGAGAUCCUUUAUCUUAUUAUCAAACUGGAGACCUUAUUCAAGCUGCAAUCAAGGACGUUGAUCGUUACCACGAGAAGCUCACGGUGUCGCUUUACAGCUCAGCUCUUCCGCCCAAUCUUUCCAGUACAAAACUGGGCGUAAUUACUUCCGAUGACUUCCCAUUACAUUAUAGGCAAAGCAUGGAAGUUGCUAAUACAGCAGAGACAUUCGAAGAGGUUUUGCAUCGUUCCCCAGGAUUUGCUAAUCCAUCGUUAGUUGAAUAUUUAGCAGAAAAACUAGGACUAAGUGAAUCAAAUCCACCAUCUUUGAUGAGAAGUCUUCAAAUUAAAAAUUUCAAUGAAGAAGAUUUUGCCCCUGCAUUGAGGAAAGAGCAAUCUGCAUCUUGGGCCUUGAAAUGUGUGAAGGCUGGGGUUGAUUAUUUUAAGGUUGGGCGCCAUGUGGAAGCCAUGAACGAGUACAACAAGGCUUUGGAAAUUGAUCCACAAAACGUUGAAGCUUUGGUAGCACGAGGAGCUCUGUAUGCAACAAAAGGAAGUCUGAACAAAGCCAUAGGUGAUUUUGAAAUUGCUUUAGAAAACUGUCCUACCCAUAGAAAUGCAAGAAAAUACCUCUGUCAGACACUUGUGGAAAGAGGCGGGCAGUUGGAAGAGGAAGACAAACUACUGAAUGCUGAGAGUUACUAUAAAAAAGCCUUAAGUUUGGAUGAGACUUUUAAGGAAGCAGAAGAGGCCUUAACAAAACUCCGUAAGCAUAUGCAGAAAUCUUUGGAAAUGAGGGAGAAACAAGCUGCCAAAGAAGAGAGACAGAAAGAAAAGAAAGUAGAAACAAGUGCAGAGAAAUUGCGUAAGCUCUUAAAAGAAGAAAAAAGGUUGAAGAAGAAAAGGAAAGUAUCGACUUCCUCCUCCUCCUCCUCCUCCUCCUCAUCAUCAUCAAGUGAUUCUUCAUCAGAUGUAUCAAUUUCUUCUUCCUCCUCUUCCUCUGAUCACAAGAAACGUAGGAAAAAGCGUCGGAAUAGAUCCGAGUCUGCCCACGGCUCCAAAAAAUGCUCAUCUAGAGCUUCUUCCCAUUAUAAAGAUCAGAUUAGGAAAGAGGAGUGGUAUUCGCCUCCGGCUGAUACCUCUGCUUCCUUUCUUAACCAAAAUUUUGAAGUGGAAAAACUGCUGGAAAGGCAGGACAGCUUAGUGUGUCCAAAAACAGAAGUAAGAGAGAAAGACAGACACUGUUCUUUUUCGAGGACUCCAGGUGAUGAUGAAGACACUUUUGGAGGUAGGUCUGAAGAUUCAAGAGAUUCUUACAGUAGCUCCAGAAUUCUGCCAAGUAGUAGCAAAACUGAAAAAUAUGGUAAAACUGAUAGAUUUUUCUCCAGUUGGAGGGCUGCUUCAGGUUCAUACCGUAAGUCAGAUGAUGAACCCAGGAUGCAUUAUUUUAGGAAAUUAGAAAGGGACGUAGAGGGGAGAAAAGAGCAGUUUAAAAAACAUGGCUCAGGUCAAGACAGGUGUUAUACGUCUCCAGCAGGGUCUGACUAUUCUGGCAAGUCAGUGGGAAAGUACAGAUUGUAUUCUAGCACCUGCUUACGUGAAGGUGAUAAAAGUUACGAUAGUGAUAGGCAUGUGUUAAGCCAGCAUAAAAAUGAAAGCGAGUAUAAGAAUAGGAAAAGAAGUUAUGAGGAGACUAAUAAAACAAAGGAACCAGAGGAGGAAAUGUCUUUAAAUGGUACAGCACAAACAGAAGGUGGCAUUAAAAGAAACCUGCCCCAGAACUUAGUUAACAUAUUCAAUCAAAUAGCUGAAUUUGAGAGGGAAAAAGGAAGUAAGCAGAAGAAACAGUAAAGUACCUAAGAAAAUGCUAUUCUGAUGAGCGUAGUUAAAUGAACUUUUAUCUAUCUCUUGAGGAAAUGCAUAUGAAGAGUGAUAGAAAGGCAGAAUUUGUUCUGUCUUGCAGAAUGUCAAAGAAUUCUUAAAGAUUGUGUGGUAGAAAGAGGUGCAAGGAUAUCUUACAUAAAAUACCAGUUCCUAUUUAAAAUCUUAAGUUUCCUGUGCUUUUUAACUUGGGAUGUUCCUGUACAGUAUUCUCUGUCUGAUGGGUUGAAAUCCUUUGAUACCCCUGGACUGUAGUUAGUUGUGGAACUCACAUCAAAUAUGCACUUUAGCAACAGAUGUUUUUUUGUUUGGGGUUUGGUUUUUUUUGGUCCCCUGGGGUACUAUUGACUUAUUUUUGUAUCAAACUUAGCUUCUAGCUAUAGAAAGGGGAUAACUGAAAGAAAGUCAGUCAUGUGCCAUCAAUGUAUAUAGCUCAUUUGAUCAUUAAAUUUUCUUAAUGUUUUCUUAAUUCUGUGUCUUGAUUCUUGUUAACGGCGCUGGGAUGUUUCAUACUGGUGCACUGGUUAUAUAUGCUGCUUAAGUGAAUGGAACGCUCCAGUGUCUGUGAAGGCAAGCGUAUUGCAUUCUCUAAACGCAUCAAACACGUUCUCUAAGAAACGUAUAAAAAAAAACCCCAAAACCACAACAGAAGUAGAAGAAGAGAGAAUUUUAAAACAGUGUUUAUUGUCUAGGUAAGUUCAAGUGUGGGUCUUUGGUUUUUGUCUGGGUUUUUUUGUUGUUAGGUAUUUGCUUUACAAGUAGCUUGAAGGCAGUGGUUGCAUUGCUGUGGAAAAAGUUACGCUCUAUUUACAAUGAGUUCUCCAAAGAUGGUUGGCAGAACACACUAAGGAGCUAACAUCUGGCAGACUAUAAAAUACCAAUUGUACUUCAGCUGCAAGUUUUCCAAGUAAUUCUGUAGAGAAUUUGUAGUUGCAAAAAAGAUACUGUGUAAUUUUAAACAGAAAAAGUACAUUUUUUUCUGACUUUAAUAAUUUACUGUCAUCUUUUUGAUUAAGAUUAAUCUGAGAUGACUAUUUGAUUAAUAGUCAAGGUUGAUCUUGAAAUGAAGCAUACAUUUUCUUUCCUGGGUUGUUGUAAUGUAAUCUAGAACUAUUUUGACAGCAGUGAAGAUACCAGUUCACUAAAAGUAACGGCUUUAACAUAACUCUCCUUUUCAUUCUAUGAAAAAUGAAUUGAUGGCUUCUGAAGGGUUUUGCAGAUCUCUAGUUCUCCAACAGCAAAACGAGAAAGUAAUUUAAAGGUUGAUUUUAUUAUAUUAUAUAAAACACAUGCUUAACAUUUCUCCUAGAUAAAUUAUUGCAUACUGUAGAAGAAAGUUAAAACAUGUAUUUCUGAGAGAAAUUAAUGCUAAGAUUGCCAACAGA